CUUUUGCUGCAUUGCCUUGCCAUAUAAACACUCGGCAGCUGCAGCAGAAAUUUUGUCCGGCUUUGUGUGCUCGUCUUCUGCAAGGGUUGAUUUCUUCCUAAUUUGCAAAAAUGAGAGGAAUCACCGUGUUGGCCCUGGUUCUGAUCGGUGCGACGGCCGUUCUAUCGGCUGCCACCCCGCAGAAGGGCGCCGCGGGCAAGGGCGGUCCCGGGAACAAGAUGAAGGGACCGGGCGAUCACAAAGCAGGCGGCAACAAGCCGGGCAAUAAGGUGCAGGUGCUGCGCACCGAACCGACCAUCUACGCGACCGGCAACACCGGUGCCGGCGCCUGCGUCCCGGCCGGCACCAUGUACUACACCACCACCGAUAAUAAACUCAUCCGCUCGGACCCCGCCGGCAGCUUCAAGAAGGUCGAGACCCAAAUCGCCGACAACGUCGCCUACUCUUUCAAUGGCUAUGAUGACGGCCUGUGGUAUGUCGACACCGAGGGCAAGGUGUGGCGAGUGCACUACCAGGGCAAGCCGGAAGUGGUCCCCGGUCAACCGGACGGUGUUAAAUUUGCCCGUGUGAGCCCGCGCACUUAUGACGAGACCUACGCCGUCACACAGGACAACCGUCUCUUCCACUAUGUCGCCCACGAGUGGAUCGAGGAUGAGAACGCUAAGAACGCUCGUGAUUCCGGUACUGGAUACGGUGGAUCCGCUAUGUAUGUAGACACGGACUCGAAGAUCUUCAAGUUUGACUUCAAGCAGAACCAGUGGGUGCCGUACGAGAAGAACGGCAAGGGCUUCGAUAUUUACGAUGUCGACACCGUCGUUGUCUUCGACGAUAAGGGCAACGCCGAGAAACGCGUCAACGGCACCUGGGUGCCGGUCACCGAGUCCAAGUGCAACGACGUUUUCAUCAACGUCGACUCGUUCGUUUGCAUCUCCCCCGACAAGCACGUCAAACUCAUCCCUUAUUAAAUUAGCCAUCGUAGAAAAACUUCAAUGUCCAUGCUACGUAAUACAUUGUAAUAUGUACCGCAGUAUUGCCGCAUGCGGUCGAUGUAAAGUCAGUAAACGUGCGUUCGAGUACACCGAUAAUCCUUUGAUUUUGUAAUGGGUGGUGCAAUUAAUGGCGUUUCAAUGUGGUGUGGUGACGGAAGGAAUAAAAACAAGUUUAAAUAAAA